UACCCGUGCAUGAUAAGGAGAAACCCGUGUAUGAUAAGGAGAGGGGUACGGAGGUACGAACUUAUGACUGCUUAAUUGAAUAUAUCCCACAACUUCUAGCACAUAUCUAUCGUCUACACUCCGCGGGUGCCGCUGUGCAACUCGGGCGUCAAGCUGGACGAGUGCAUUUGCUCGUUCGACGGAUCUUUGCCCUUCUUCAGCCGCUAUGGCAUCCAGAGUGCCUCUUCAAGUACGGAUUGGGAUCAGGGAUCACUGGGACAAUCCCGACGGCCCUCUGGAAAGGGCACGGUCUGCCCUGAGGGAGCUCAUCGGUGUCGAUAUCGAGGUCAAGGCCACAUUCGUGCCUUCGCUCGCGACAUGUGCACAGGCCUUCCUAUCCGCGCUCUCGACGUUGGCAGACGACGAGUCGAACGCCCAAUGGAUGGACGCCCUACUGGAACGCGUCGGCCAAUGCCUUAAGGCCGACAUAAGCUACCGAGCCGCCCCGAAGCAGGAGGGCCUAGGCCUGUCUUGGUCCAGCAGCCGAGGGGCCUUUGCCAUCCACGUCCCCGAAUACCCCAUGCCGUCUCUCAUUGCGAUGGGGUCCUUCUUCGAAGGGCAGCUACUGCGCUGCUUCGAGGACAAGCAAGCACCGGCAGAAUCGCCCGACCGGGAGGCUUCCAGCGAUGACUGGGCGGACGUGUCGGUGGAUCGCGCGACCGGUCAACCCGCUGUGUCCAACACGCGCCAGCCGCUCACGCUGCAGACUCGACCCGAGGUCGACGCGCUGCCGGACAUCAGCACGAUCCCACGCCUGGAAGAGCUAUUUCUAAGGCCACCAUACCACCUCAUCGUCUCUGAGAGCGGCAGGAGCUUGGUCGAGGUCCACUGCAGCCACAGCCCAUCGUUGGAAUUGCUAUCCGACUAUCUCAAGAAAGGGUGCAGGGUCAAUUACCAGGACAUGCGUCUUCCGCCGGUGGUCGAUAUCAAACUGCACAAGUCGUCGUUCGGCCUCGGCUCGACCUACGACCUGCUGACCCUGUCGGUCCCGGGCCGGGGCUCAGCGUCCCAUGUGACACCGGUGACAGUGCUGGCCUUCGUGGAGGGUGUGCUGGGCUAUAAGAACGUCGCGGUCGAGGCGUCGACCUGGACCUUCCGGAAAGACGUCGAGUUUCGGAGGACGAGAUAGCCAACUGCUGCUGCCCUGCACGAGGGUGGUGAUGGUCGGGAUUGGGGUUCCUCGGUUGGUCUAGGCUAAUAAUCCCGGGUCGUAGGUGGAAGGAAUAUGGCACCGUUUUCGUCGUAGAUCUUUUGAGUACUGUUAGUGCCGCCGUUGACGACUCC